AUGGUAUCAAAAUCUUUUUAUUGAAUUAUAGAAUAGCAAGCUAAGUAAAAGGUCUAAAAAGAGUCUUUUGGCAGAGGAAACCUAAAGUAUGAUAAAAAUGCAUAAUGUAGAUAAAUAAAGAAGUGAAGAAUAGACAGAGUUGAUUGUAAAUAAUGUUCGAAAUGGUGAUGCUUCUAGUCCAGAGGUGGUUGUGAUUGGGGAAGGGGAAUUGUAGAGGAUGAAAGUAAGAAGAUUUAAUAUAUAUGCUUUAAGAAUAAUGCAAUUAUUACGACUAAAGAAGAGCAAUUACACUAAAAGAAAUUGCUUGAGGAAUAGAAAGAGAAGUAGAUGGCUGCUGCCAAAGCGAAAAAAUAAAGGAUGAUGCAAAUGGAAGAAGAAAAAAAAAAAUAAGUUCCGUUGACAUCAUAAUAAGAGGAGGAUAAAGUUGUAAAAGAUUCACUUCUUGCAAGAGUACUUGUUGAUUCCAUUCGUAUUUUAGGCAGCAGAAAUAAUGAAUGAGUAGAUGGAUGAUGUUAAGGAAAUGAAUAAGAUGGUAAUGUAUGCUAAAUGUGUAACUGUUCGAGAUAAGCAAUUACAAGAGAAAAAGGAAUUGAUUAAUCAAUAUAAGGUUUAGGAAAAGAGAAAGGAUUUGAUGAUGGAAAUAGAAAGAUUGAAAUCCAUUAAAUAUCAUGAAGAGAAAGAUAAAUAGAGAAAAGUUGAAUAAAAGCAUGGGCAUGAUAUUAUAAUUGAAUAAAUUAAAGAGAGAGAGUUGGUUAGAUUGAAAGAUAAGGAAGAAUAAGAAAGAGAAGGAUAAGUUAUGUUGAAAAAGAUUAAGCAACUAUAAUAAGAGGAAGCAUAAAAAGCUAUGCAAAAAAAAGUAUCAUAACAGAAGGUCCAAGAAGAAAUCUUAGAAGCCAAUGACAGAGCCAUCUUAGUAAAAGAAAAAAGAAAGUUGGAAGAGAGAGAAGAAGAAGAAAUGAUAGUCAAAUACAAUUUACAAAAAGCACAGAAAGAAGCUGAACUCUUAGAGGAGCAAAGGAGGAUUAAAGAAGAGAAAGAACGCGAAGUUUAAAGGCUGAGGGAAAUGCAAGAAAAAGCAUAAGAUAGAUAAGCUGAAUUAGAUGCAUUAAGAGCCAAGAGAGCUAUGGAAUAAAAUGAAAGAUAAGCAAGAGAAAAGGAAAGAAAAGAAGCAGAAUUAAAAAUGAGAUUAAAUCAUGAAGUACAUGAAGCUAGGAAAUUGUAAUAAUAUGAAAAACAGGAUAGACUAGAAGAAUAAGUAUAAUUAAAUCUCUACUAAUAUAGGCUAGAUUAGAACGAGAUGAAUUUUAAAGAGUUAUAUAGAAAUAGAAAUAAGAACGAGAAAAUGAACUUAAGUUAUUUCAUGAUAAAGAAGCUCUUGUUAAAAAGCAUGCAGAUGAAUUAAGAAAACAAAUUUCUUUGAAUGAGGAGAAAAGAAAAUAAGAAGAAAGAGAUAAGUAAUUUCCUCUUAAUAAUUUAGAUUAGAGGAAGGAAAAAAGAUUAGAGACAAAAUGUUGAAUGAAAAAAAACUGUUAGAAAAUAUCAAAGAUACAAAAUUAAGAGCAUUAAAUGAUAAUGGAAUUGCUGAUAAAUACAAAGCUGAGUUAGCUCGAAAAAAAAUCAAUAUAUUAAUUUGA